AUGAAAGUAACUCUUUCAUCAGAUGGUGAGAUGAAAGCAACUCUUUCAUCAGAUGGUGAGAUGAAAGUACCUCUUUCAUCAGAUGGUGAGAUCAAAGUAACUCUUUCAUCAGAUGGUGAGAUGAAAGCAACUCUUUCAUCAGAUGGUGAGAUGAAAGCAACUCUUUCAUCAGAUGGUGAGAUGAAAGUAAUUCUUUCAUCAGAUGGUGAGAUGAAAGUACCUCUUUCAUCAGAUGGUGAGAUGAAAUCAACUCUUUCAUCAGAUGGUGAGAUGAAAUUAACUCUUUCUUCAGAUGGUGAGAUGAAAGUAACUCUUUCAUCAGAUGGUGAGAUGAAAGCAACUCUUUCAUCAGAUGGUGAGAUGAAAGUACCUCAUUCAUCAGAUGGUGAGAUGAAAGUACCUCUUUCAUCAGAUGGUGAGAUGAAAGUAACUCUUUCAUCAGAUGGUGAGAUGAAAGUACCUCUUUCAUCAGAUGGUGAGAUGAAAGUAAUUCUUUCAUCAGAUAGUGAGAUGAAAGUACCUCUUUCAUCAGAUGGUGAGAUGAAAGUAACUCUUUCAUCAGAUGGUGAGAUGAAAGUAACUCUUUCAUCAGAUGUGAGUUUCCCUGUCAUCGCCAGUGUGGGGCACGGGCUCAUUUUCCUCAUGUACUUGCCCCCCUUCCCCCUCCUCCCUUUGCUGGUCAGGGCCAAGGCUUUCGACCUUGACCUGGCCCCAUUCUCCCGCUUUCCAUCACCCCGCCCCAUUCUCCCGCUUUCCAUCACCCCGCCCCAUUCUCCCGCUUUCUAUCAUCCCGCUCCAUUCUCCCGCUUUCCAUCAACCCGCCCCAUUCUCCUGCUUUCUAUCACCCCGCCCCAUUCUCCCUCUUUCCUUCACCCCGCCCCAUUCUCCCGCUUCCCAUCACCCCGCCCCAUUCUCCCUCUUCCCAUCACCCCGCCCCAUUCUCCCGCUUUCGAUCACCCCACCCCAUUCUCCCGCUUUUUAUCACCCCGCCCCAUUCUCCCGCUUUCCUUCACCCCGCCCCAUUCCCCGGCUUCCCAUCACCCUGCCCCAUUCUCCCUCUUCCCAACACCCCGCCCCAUUCUCCCUCUUUCCAUCACCCCGCCCCAUUCUCCCGCUUUCCAUCACCGCGCCCCAUCCUCCCCCAUCACCCCACCCCAUUCUCCUGCUUUCCAUCACCCCGCCCCAUUCUACCUCUUUCCAUCACCCUGCCCCAUUCUCCCGCUUUCCAUCACCCCGCCCCAUUCUUCCGCUUUCCAUCACCCCGCCCCAUUCUCCCUCUUUCCAUCAUCCCGGCCCAUUCUCUCGCUUUCCAUCACCCCGCCCCAUUCUCCCUCUUUCCAUCACCCCGCCUUAUUCUCCCUCUUUCCAUCACCCCGCCCCAUUCUCCCGCUUUCCAUCACCCCGCCCCAUUCUCUCGCUUUCCAUCACCCCGCCCCGUUCUCCCGCUUUCUAUCACCCCGCUCCAUUCUCCCGCUUUCCAUCACCACGCCCCAUUCUCCCGCUUUCUAUCACCCCGCCCCAUUCUCCCUCUUUCCUUCACCCCGCCCCAUUCUCCCGCUUCCCAUCACCCCGCCCCAUUCUCCCUCUUCCCAUCACCCCGCCCCAUUCUCCCGCUUUCGAUCACCCCGCCCAAUUCUCCCGCUUUCCAUCACCCCGCCCUAUUCUCCCGCUUUCCUUCACCCCGCCCCAUCCCCCCGCUUCCCAUCACCCCCGCCCAUUCGCCCUCUUCCCAUCACCCCGCCUCAUUCUCCCGCUUUCCAUCACCCCGCCCCAUUCUCCCGCUUUCCAUCACCCCGCCCCAUUCUCCCUCUUUCCAUCACCCCACCCCAUUCUCCUGCUUUCCAUUACCCCGCCCCAUUCUCCCUCUUUCCAUCACCCCGCCCCAUUCUCCCGCUUUCCAUCACCCCGCCCCAUUCUCCCGCUUUCCAUCACCCCGCCCCAUUCUCCCGCUUUCCAUCACCCCGGCCCAUUCUCCCGCUUUCCAUCACCCCGCCCCAUUCUCCCGCUUUCCAUCACCCCGCCCCAUUCUCUCGCUUUCCAUCACCCCGCCCCAUUCUCCCACUUUCCAUCACCCCACUCCAUUCUCCCGCUUUCCAUCACCGCGCCCCAUUCUCCCGCUUUCUAUCACCCCGCCCCAUUCUCCCUCUUUCCUUCACCCUGCCCCAUUCUCCUGCUUCCCAUCACCCCGCCCCAUUCUCCCUCUUCCCAUCACCCCGCCCCAUUCUCCCGCUUUCGAUCACCCCGCCCCCUUCUCCCGCUUUCCAUCACCCUGCCCCAUUCUCCCGCUUUCCAUCACCCCGCCCCAUUCUCCCGCUUUCCAUCACCCCGCCCCAUUCUCCCGCUUUCCAUCACCCCGCCCCAUUCUCCCGCUUUCCAUCACCCCGCCCCAUUCUCCUACUUUCCAUCACCCCACCCCAUUCUCCCGCUUUCCAUCAUCCCGCCCCAUUCUCCCGCUUUCCAUCACCCCGCCCCAUUCUCCAACUUUCCAUCACCCCGCCCCAUUCUCCCGCUUUCCAUCACCCCGCCCCAUUCUCCCGCUUUCCAUCACCCCGCCCCAUUCUCCCGCCUUCCAUCACCCCGCCCCAUUCUCCCGCUUUCCAUAACCCCGCCCAUUCUCCCGCUUUUCAUCACCCCGCCCCAUUCUCCCGUUUUCCAUCACCCCGCGCCAUUCUCUCGCUUUCCAUCACCCCGCCCCAUUCUCCCGCUUUCCAUCACCCCGCCCCAUUCUCCCUCUUUCCAUCACCCCGCCCCAUUCUUCCCCUUUCCAUCACCCCGCCCCCAUUCUCCCGCUUUCCAUCACCUCGCCCCAUUCUCCCGCUUUCCAUUACCCCGCCCCAUUCUCCCGCUUUCCAUCAACCCGCCCAUUCUCCUGCUUUCCAUCACCCCGCCCCGUUCUCCCGCUUUCCAUCACCCCGCCCCAUUCUCCCUCUUUCCAUCACCCCGCCCCAUUCUCCCUCUUUCCAUCACCCCGCCCCAUUGUCCCUCUUUCCAUCACCCCGCCCCAUUCUCCCGCUUUCCAUCAUCCCGCCCCAUUCUUUCGAUUUCCAUCACCCCGCCCCAUUCUCCAGCCCAUUUCCAUCACCCCGCCCCAUUCUCCUGCUUUCCAUCACCCCGCCCCAUUCUCCCGCUUUCCAUCACCCCGCCCCAUUCUCCCUCUUUCGAUCACCCCGCCCCAUUCUCCCACUUUCCAUCACCCCGCCCCAUUCUCCCGCCUCUUUCCAUCACCCCGCCCCAUUCUCCCGCUUUCCAUCACCCCGCCCCAUUCUCCCGCUUUCCAUCACCCCGCCCCAUGCUCCCGCUUUCCAUCACCCCGCCCCAUUCUCCCGCUUUCCAUCGCCCUGCCCCAUUCUCCCGCUUUCCAUCACCCCGCCCCAUUCUCUUGCUUUCCAUCACCCUGCCCCAUUCUACCUCUUUUCAUCAUCCCGCCCCAUUCUCCCUCAUUCCAUCACCCCGCCCCAUUCUCCCUCUUUCCAUCACCCCGCCCCAUUCUUCCGCUUUCCAUCACCCCGCCCCAUUCUCGCUCUUUCCAUCACCCCGCCCCAUUCUCCCACUUUCCAUCACCCCGCCCCAAUCUCCCGCUUUCCAUCACCCCGCCCCAUUCUCCCGCUUUCCAUCACCCCGCCCCAUUCUCCCGCUUUCCAUCACCCCGCCCCAUUCUCCCGCUCUUUCCAUCACCCCGCCCAUUCUCCACAUUCCUUCACCCCGCCCCAUUCUCCCGCUUUCCAUCACCCCGCCCCAUUCUCCCGCUUUCCAUCACCCCGCCCCAUUCUCCCGCUUCCCAUCACCCCGCCCCAUUCUCCCUCUUUCCAUCACCCCGCCCCAUUCUCCCUCUUUCCAUCACCCCGCCCCAUUCUCCCGCUUUCCAUCACCCCGCCCCAUUCUCCCGCUUUCCAUCACCCCGCCCCAUUCUCCCGCUUUCCAUCGCCCUGCCCCAUUCUCCCGCUUUCCAUCACCCUGCCCCAUUCUCUUGCUUUCCAUCACCCUGCCCCAUUCUACUUCUUUUCAUCAUCCCGCCCUAUUCUCCCUCAUUACAUCACCCCGCCCCAUUCUCCCUCUUUCCAUCACCCCGCCCCAUUCUUCCGCUUUCCAUCACCCCGCCCCAUUCUCGCUCUUUCCAUCACCCCGCCCCAUUCUCCCACUUUCCAUCACCCCGCCCCAAUCUCCCGCUUUCCAUCACCCCGCCCCAUUCUCCCGCUUUCCAUCACCCCGCCCCAUUCUCCCGCUUUCCAUCACCCCGCCCCAUUCUCCCGUUGUCCAUCACCCCGCCCCAUUCUCCUGCUUUCCAUCACCCCGCCCUAUUCUCCCUCUUUCCAUCACCCCGCCCCAUUCUCCCGGUUUCCAUCACCCCGCCCCAUUCUCCCGCUUUCCAUCACCCCGCGCCAUUCUCCCGCUUUCCAUCACCCCGCUCCAUUCUCCCGCUUUCCAUCACCCCGCCCCAUUCUCUCGCUUUCCAUCACCCCGCCCCAUUUUACCUCUUUCCAUCACCCCGUUCCAUUCUCCCUCUUUCCGUCACCCCACCUCAUUCUCCCUCUUUCCAUCACCCCGCUCCAUUCUCCCUCUUUCGAUCACCCCGCCCCAUUCUCCCGCUUUCCAUCACCCCACCCCAUUCUCCUGCUUUCCAUCACCCCGCCCCAUUCUCCCGCUUUCCAUCACCCCUCCCCAUUCUCCCUCUUUCGAUCACCCCGCCUCAUUCUCCCGCUUUCCAUCACCCCGCCCCAUUCUCCCGCUUUCCAUCACCCCGCCCCAUUCUCCCGCUUUUCAUCACCCCGUUCCAUUCUCCCGCUUUCCAUCACCCCGCCCCAUUCUCCCGCUUUCCAUCACCGCGCCCCAUUCUCCCUCUUUCUAUCACCCCGCCCCAUUCUCCCGCUUUCCAUCACCCCGCCCCAUUCACCCGCUUUCCAUCACCCUACCCCAGUCUCCCGCUUUCCAUCACCCCGCCCCAUUCUCCCGCUUUCCAUCACCCCGCCCCAUUCUCCCUCUUUCCAUCACCCCACCCCAUUCUCCUGCUUUCCAUCACCCCGCCCCAUUCUCCCUCUUUCCAUCACCCCGCCCCAUUCUCCCGCUUUCCAUCACCCCGCCCCGUUCUCCCGCUUUCCAUCACCCCGCCCCAUUCUCCCGCUUUCCAUCACCCCGCCCCAUUCUCCCGCUUUCCAUCACCACGCCCCAUUUUCCCGCUUUCCAUCACCCCGCCCCACUCUCCAACUUUCCAUCACCCCGCCCCAUUCUCCCGCUUUCCAUCAUCCCGCCCCAUUCUCCCGCUUUCCAUCACCCCGCCCCAUUCUCCCGCUUUCCAUCACCCCGCCCCAUUCUCCCGCUUUCCAUCACCCUGCCCCAUUCUCCCGCUUUCCAUCACCCCGCCCCAUUCUCCCGCUUUCCAUCACCCCGCCCCAUUCUCCCGCUUUCCAUCACCCCGCCCCAUUCUCCCUCUUUCCAUCACCCCGCCCCAUUCUCCUGCUUUCCAUCACCCCGCCCCAUUCUCCCGCUUUCCAUCACCCCGCCCCAUUCUCCCGCUUUCCAUCACCCCGCUCCAUUUACCCGCUUUCCAUCACCCCACCCCAUUCUCCCGCUUUCUAUCACCCCGCCCCAUUCUCCCGCUUCCCAUCACCCCGCACCAUUCUCCCGCUUUCCAUCACCCCGCCCCAUUCUCCCGCUUUCCAUCACCCCGCCCCAUUCUCCCACUUUCCAUCACCCCGCCCUAUUCUCCCGCUUUCCAUCACCCCGCCCCAUUCUCCCGCUUUCCAUCACCCCGCCCCAUUCUCCCGCUUUCCAUCACCCCGCCCCAUUCUUCCGCUUUCCAUCACCCCUCCCCAUUCUCCCGCUUUCCAUCACCCCGCCCCAUUCUCCCGCUUUCCAUCACCAGGCCCAUUCUCCCACUUUCCAUCACCCCGCCCCAUUCUCCCGCUUUCCAUCACCCCGCCCCAUUCUGCCGCUCUCCAUCACCCCGCCCCAUUCUCCCGCUCUCCAUCACCUUGCCCCAUUCUCCCCCUUUCCAUCACCCCGCCCCAUUCUCCCGCUUUCCAUCACCCCGCCCCAUUCUCCCGCUUUCCAUCACCCCGCCCCAUUCUCCAACUUUCCAUCACCCCGCCCCAUUCUCCCGCUUUCCAUCACCCCGCCCCAUUCUCCCGCUUUCCAUCACCCCGCCCCAUUCUCCCGCUUUCCAUCACCCCGCCCCAUUCUCCCGCUUUCCAUCACCCCGCCCCAUUCUCCCGCUUUCCAUCACAAAGCCCCAUUCUCCCGCUUUCCAUCACCCCGCCCCAUUCUCCCGCUUUCCAUCACCCCUCCCCAUUCUCCCGCUUUCCAUUUCCCCGCCCCAUUCUCCCGCUUUCCAUCACCCCGCCCCAUUCUUCUGCUUUCCAUCACCCCGCCCCAUUCUCCCGCUUUCCAUCACCCCGCCCCAUUCUCCCGCUUUCCACCAACCUGCCCCAUUCUCCCGCUUUCCAUCACCCCACCCCAUUCUCCCGCUUUCCAUCACCCUGCCCCAUUCUCCCGCUUUCCAUCACCCCGCCCCAUUCUUCUGCUUUCCAUCACCCCACCCCAUUCUCCCGCUUUCCAUCACCCCGCCCCAUUCUCCCGCUUUCCAUCACCCCGCCCCAUUCUCCCGCUUUCCAUCACCCCGCCCCAUUCUCCCGCUUUCCAUCACCCCGCCCCAUUCUCCAACUUUCCAUCACCCCGCCCCAUUCUCCCGCUUUCCAUCACCCCGCCCCAUUCUCCCGCUUUCCAUCACCCCGCCCCAUUCUUCCGCUUUCCAUCACCACGCCCCAUUCUCCCGCUUUCCAUCACCCCGCCCCAUUCGCCCGCUUUCCACCACCCUGCCCCAUUCUCCCGCUUUCCAUCACCCCACCCCAUUCUCCCGCUUUCCAUCACCCCGCCCCAUUCUCCCGCUUUCCAUCACCCCGCUCCAUUCUCCCUCCUUCCAUCACCCCGCACCAUUCUCCCUCCUUCCACCACCCCGCCCGAUUCUCCCUCAUUCCACCACCCCGCCCCAUUCUCCCGCUUUCCAUCACCCCGCAUGAUUCUCCCGCUUUCCAUCACCCCGCCCCAUUCUCCCGCUUUCCAUCACCCCGCCCCAUUCUCCCGCUUUCCAUCACCCCGCCCCAUUCUCCCGCUUUCCAUCAUCCCGCCCCAUUCUCCCUCCUUCCAUCACCCCGCCCCAUUCUCCCUCCUUCCAUCACCACACCCCAUUCUCCCUCCUUCCAUCACCCGGCCCCAUUCUCCCGCUUUCCAUCACCCCGCCCCAUUCUCCCGCUUUCCAUCACCCCGCCCCACUCUCCCGCUUUCCAUCACCCCGCCCCAUUCUCCCGCUUUCCAUCACAAAGCCCCAUUCUCCCGCUUUCCAUCACCCCACCCCAUUCUCCCGCUUUCCAUCACCCCGCCCCAUCUUCCUCCUUCCAUCACCCCGCCCCAAUCUCACUCUCUCCAUCACCCCGCCCCAUUUUCCCGCUUUCCAUCACCCCGCCCCAUUCACCCACUUUCCAUCACCCCGCCCCAUUCUCCCGCUUUCCAUCACCCCGCCCCAUUCUCCCGCUUUCCAUCACCAUGCCCCAUUCUCCCGCUUUCCAUCACCACGCCCCAUUCUCCCGCUUUCAAUCACCCUGCCCCAUUCUCCCGCUUUCCAUCACCCCACCCCAUUCUCCCGCUUUCCAUCACCCCGCCCCAUUCUCCCGCUUUCCAUCACCCCGCUCGAUUCUCCCUCCUUCCAUCACCCCGCCCCAUUCUCCCUCCUUCCAUCACCCCGCCCCAUUCUCCCUCCUUCCAUCACCCCGCCCCAUUCUCCCGCUUUCCAUCACCCCGCCCCAUUCUCCCGCUUUCCAUCACCCCGCACCAUCUCCCGCUUUCCAUCACCCCGCCCCAUUCUCCCGCUUUCCAUCACCCCGCCCCAUUCUCCCGCUUUCCAUCACCCCGCCCCAUUCUCUCGCUUUCCAUCACCCCGCCCCAUUCUCCCGCUUUCCAUCACCCCGCCCCAUUCUCCCGCUUUCCAUCACCCCGCCCCAUUCUCCCGCUUUCCAUCACAAAGCCCCAUUCUCCCGCUUUCCAUCACCCCGCCCCAUUCUCCCGCUUUCCAUCACCCCGCCCCAUCUUCCUCCUUCCAUCACCCCGCCCCAAUCUCCCUCUCUCCAUCACCCCGCCCCAUUUUCCCGCUUUCCAUCACCCCGCCCCAUUCACCCGCUUUCCAUCACCCCGCCCCAUUCUCCCGCUUUCCAUCACCCCGCCCCAUUCUCCCGCUUUCCAUCACCCCACCCCAUUCUCCCGCUUUCCAUCGCCCCGCCCCAUUCUCCCACUUUCCAUCACCCCGCCCCAUUCUCCCUCUUUCCAUCACCCUGCCACAUUCUCCCGCUUUCCAUCACCCCACCCCACUCUCCCGCUUUCCAUCACCCCGCCCCAUUUUCCCGCUUUCCAUCACCCCGCUCCAUUCUCCCUCCUUCCAUCACCCCGCCCCAUUCUCCCUCCUUCCAUCACCCCGCCCCAUUCUCCCUCCUUCCAUCACCCCACCCCAUUCUCCCGCUUUCCAUCACCCCGCCCCAUUCUCCCGCUUUCCAUCACCCCGCCCCAUUCUCCCUCCUUCCAUCACCCCGCCCCAUUCUCCCUCCUUCCAUCACCCCGCCCCAUUCUACCUCCUUCUAUCAACCCGCCCCAUUCUCCCGAUUUCCAUCACCCCGCCCCAUUCUCCCGAUUUCCAUCACCCCGCACCAUUCUCCCGCUUUCCAUCACCCCGCACCAUUCUCCCGCUUUCCAUCACCCCGCCCCAUUCUCCCGCUUUCCAUCACCCCACCCCAUUCUCCCGCUUUCCAUCACCCCGCCCCAUUCUCCCUCCUUCCAUCACCCCGCCCCAUUCUCCCUCCUUCCAUCACCACACCCCAUUCUCCCGCUUUCCAUCACCCCGCCCCAUUCUCCCGAUUUCCAUCACCCCGCACCAUUCUCCCGCUUUCCAUCACCCCGCACCAUUCUCCCGCUUUCCAUCACCCCGCCCCAUUCUCCCGCUUUCCAUCACCCCACCCCAUUCUCCCGCUUUCCAUCAUCCCGCCCCAUUCUCCCUCCUUCCAUCACCCCGCCCCAUUCUCCCUCCUUCCAUCACCCGGCCCCAUUCUCCCGCUUUCCAUCACCCCGCCCCAUUCUCCCGCUUUCCAUCACCCCGCCCCAUUCUCUUGCUUUCCAUCACCCCGCCCCAUUCUCCUGCUUUCCAUAACCCCGCCCCAUGCUCCCUCCUUCCAUCACCCCGCCCUUUUUUCCCUCCUUCCAUCACCCCACCCCAUUCUCCCGCUUUCCAUCACCCCACCCCAUUCUCCCGCUUUCCAUCAACCCGCCCCAUUCUCUCGCUUUCCAUCACCCUGCCCCAUUCUCCCGCUUUCCAUCACCCCGCCCCAUUCUCCCUCCUUCCAUCACCCCGGCCCAUUCUCCCUCCUUCCAUCACCCCGCCCCAUUCUCCCUCCUUCUAUCACCCCGCCCCAUUCUCCCGAUUUCCAUCACCCCGCCCCAUUCUCCCGCUUUCCAUCACCCGGCCCCAUUCUCCCGCUUUCCAUCACCCCGCCCCAUUCUCCCGCUUUCCAUCACCCCGCCCCAUUCUCCCGCUUUCCAUCACCCCGCCCCAUUCUCCCGCUUUCCGUCACAAAGCCCCAUUCUCCCGCUUUCCAUCACCCCGCCCCAUUCUCCCGCUUUCCAUCACCCCAUCCCAUUCUCCCGCUUUCCAUCACCCCGCCCCAUUCUCCCGCUUACCAUCACCCUGCCCCAUUCUCCCGCUUUCCAUCACCCCGCCCCAUUCUCCCGCUUUCCAUCACCCUGCCCCAUCUCCCUCCUUCCAUCACCCCGCCCCAUUCUCCCUCUCUUCAUCACCCCGCCCCAUUCUCCCUCUUUCCAUCACCCCGCCCCAUUCACCCGCUUUCCAUCACCCCGCCCCAUUCUCCCGCUUUCCAUCACCACGCCCCAUUCUCCCGCUUUCCAUCAACCCGCCCCAUUCUCCCGCUUUCCAUCACCCGGCCCCAUUCUCCCGCUUUCCAUCACCCCGCCCCAUUCUCCCGCUUUCCAUCACCCUGCCCCAUUCUCUCUCCUUCCAUCACCCCGCCCCAUUCUCCCGCUUUCCGUCGCCCCACCCCAUUCUCCCGCUUUCCAUCACCCCGCCCCAUUCUCCCGCUUUCCAUCACCCCGCCCCAUUCUCCCGCUUUCCAUCACCCCGCCCCAUUCUCCCUCUUUACAUCACCGCGCCCCUUUCCCCCGCCUUCCAUCACCCCGCCCCAUUCUCCCUCCUUCCAUCACCCCGCCCCAUUCUCCCUCCUUCCAUCAACCCGCCCCAUUCUCCCUCCUUCCAUCACCCCGCCCCAUUCUCCUGCUUUCCAUCACCCCACCCCAUUCUCCCGCUUUCCAUCACCCUGCUCCAUUCUCCCGCUUUCCAUCACCCUGCCCCAUUUUCCCGCUUUCCAUCACCCUGACCCAUUCUCCCGCUUUCCAUCACCACGCCCCAUUCUCCUGCUUUCCAUCACCCCGCCCCAUUCUCCCUCCUUCCAUCACCCCACCCCAUUCUCCUGCUUUCUAUCACCCCGCCCCAUUGUCCCGCUUUCCAUCACCCCGCCCUUUUCUCCCGCUUUCCAUCACCCCGCCCCAUUCUCCCUCUUUCCCUCACCCCGCCCCAUUCUUCCUCUUUCCAUCACCCCGCCCCAGUCUCCCGCUUUCCAUCACCCCGCUCCAUUCUCCCUCUUUCCAUCACCCCGCCCCAUUCUCCCGCUUUCCAUCACCCUGCCCCAUUCUCCCGCUUUCCAUCACCCCGACCGUGCCUGGGAGUGA